AUGACGAAGCCCGUUACCAUUCUUUUCGCAUUGGCGGGGAUUCUUCUCCCUCUUGCUGAGGCCAAGGCCUGCAAGGAGGGGCUCGACUACUGGGACUAUCUCCGCGAGAUUGACAACGAGCUCAAGAGAGUCGGGCUUCCCACCCAGGACCCGUAUGAGAGACAUUCUCUCUUUCAUUGUUCCAGUGACGGAUGGAUUCGCUGGAAUGUUUACUGCGGCAACUGUAUCGAUGGCGGCUCCGGAAAGGAUGACUUUUGCAGGUAG